UCUAGAUCUGAUGGAUGCAUUCCGAGACGCUUCUGGUUCCUUGUCAUACUGUCAGCUGCAGUACUCAUUGGUUACGUUAUGGUGACGUCACAAAUACACACCCGGAUACACACGGUCCCGCCGUAUCUACCCCAGUGGAAUACACGUCCUCCCGCCCUAUGUGAAUGCUUUGAAGUGGAAGACGUUAGCUCCAAAUUACAGAAUACUACAUCGCAAAAUCAGACGACACAGAAACACGACACGUUGAACCACCUUAUCCCCUGGAAUGAUACCAUCAAACUGUGGAAGUUCAAAGAUAUUAAUGAUCAUCAGCUUUAUCUUUAUGAAAACUUAUUAAAGCGGAAUUGGACUGCGGACCUCACAAUUAUGGAAACUUUCAGACAGGCGCUGGCCAAAUACCGAUCGGAACUAGGAGACAAUGCUCAAAUUAUUUUGCACAAAGGGAACACUAAAAGGAAACAGAAAAUCAACUUCGUCUUUCAUAAUAGAGUCGCGGCAAUUCCAGAUACCAUUUUCGAACAACUUCCAAAGACCAAUCCAUUUCCGCAAGAAACCAGAUAUCGAUCAUGCGCAGUCGUGGGAAACAGUGGUAUAAUGCUAAACAGCAGUUGCGGAAAAGACGUCGAUAAACAUGAUUAUGUAUUCCGAUGCAACCUAGCACCUUUAUUGCCGUUCAAGGUAGACGCCGGGAUGAAAAGUAAUUUGACAACGAUGAAUCCUAGUAUGGUGCUUGGACGCUACAAAGCACUCAAGAAGACGCAUAGCAUCAAGCAGUACAACGAGGAUAUUUCGCAAUAUGAUGGCAUGUUAUGGAACCCCUGUUUCGCAUACGAAGGCAACGGGCAGCCCACUCUGAAAGCCUUUUUAAGUUUUAAAGGAAAGAAACCGAAGAUGGUGUGUGGCAAUCCUCAGCACUUCAAGUCUGUGUUGAACUUCUGGCAGGAGAAAGAGCUCACCAACAAAAUAUCUACAGGUUUCUACUUGGCAACCACAGCCAUUCAGCUUUGUGAUGAAGUCCAACUUUACGGCUUCUGGCCUUUUUCUGCGCACUAUGGAGACACUAGGUCGGAUGUGCCCUACCACUACUUUGAUGACCUUUCGGCUGCUAAGGCUGAUAGCGAGCAUUCGAUGAAUGAAGAAUUCGACCUCCUCGUCCAGCUUCAUACUCUUGGAAUAUUGCGGGUAAAUGCUGGAUCGUGCAGUUAAAGGGCAUGUCCGGCCCAUUCGCAAGUUGGUUUGGAUGCCCCCCCCCCCCCACUCCCACUCAGGGAACGGAGUGACCGUAUUCAUGUUUCCAAAAUCUUUGGUAAAGGGUUACUUUGACGCAACAAAGUCCGGCUCGUAAUACACACAAAAAUCUGCCCGUAUUUACUAUACACACCGCACUUAGGGACCGGACUUUAUAGGGGUGUUUUCAAAAUGAGGGAACAUUCAUACGCGUACCCUAAAUAACACAUUCAUACGCGUACCCUAAAUAACACUGAGUGGGGGGGGCGGGGUUAGAAUUAACAGAAAAAAAGUGAAACAAACAACAACAAAACAGCGAAAGUUUCAUCAAAAUUGGAAGGUUAUGCAAUUUCAUAGUUUCAUGAAACAGUGAACCUAUAACAUCGGCUGUUCUAGCGUCAUCCCCUCUCAUUUCUUUAUCCGUUCUGUACAUAAGUUCAACAAAAAUGUCACCAUAAACUCUUGUGCAAAAUCACCAUGUGCAAAAGUCAUAAUUAUACAGAUGUGAGAAAAAGUUCAGUUUCAUAAACAAAAUAUCUUGUGAAUAUUGAGAGGAUGACUACAUCAACUGACUAAUUUGUGAAAGAUCUAUAUAAGAUACAUAUCACUGUUUCAUUAAACUAGAAAUUGAAUAUGCGGGAAUUCUUUAUCGAUGAAAAACAUUUUCCGAAAAAUUAUCUUGAUUAUGUUAUAUUAUGCUUUGAUUGUUUCUCAUAUCAAUUACUGUAAUAUUAUUAGGUCCAACUCGUCCGAUUACUUUAUCAACAGAAUGUUUUUACUUCAGAAUUUAGCUUCAAGAAUAAUUUCUAAUUCUUCCUUUAAUGCCCCCACCUUGCAAAUUGUUUAUAACUUACGAUAAAGAUUCAAUAUUACAAUAUUUAUGUUUUGUGCUGUAAAGAUUAUCUUAAUUUAACAAUACAUCUACACAAUACUCGUAAUCCAACAAAACUUUUAUUCCCGUAACUCAAUAUUUUUUGAAGGUCAUUCUCUAUUGACCAAUAUCCCUCCUGCACUAAAAAAAAAUCAGCCCAGCACGUAAUUCUUUUAAGCGACGUUAUAAAUCCCAUCUUUUUAGUUUGUUAUUCAUAGUGUUAAAUUGUAUAUAGGCUUAUUGCAUUUAUGUUUCCUGGUUUGUUUGUCUGUUUGUUAUAACUAUGUAUGUAUUGUUAUUUAAAGGGAUAGUUGAGUUCUAUUGCACAGGGCGCUACACAAAAAUAAUUUUGU